AUGGCAACCACCCCCUCUUCGCGCACUCCUUCCGAUGCGCUGCCGGAAAACGCCCAAAUUCUGAACGCGCGCCGUACCUCCCUCGGAUUCCUUCGUCGCUCCAAAUCCACCGAGCCACUCGGCGAACGCAAAGUCUCCGGCCGCAAGAAGAUGUCCAAGACUGAGAAAAUGGAGGAUGAUCUGCGUCGUCAGCGCGAAUCUUAUGCGCCCCGGAAUGCUCCCCGCUUGCCGGAUCUCUCGCCCACCCCGCAACUCGAGACAUUUGGAGGUGAGGCACGCGAGAACAUUCCUGAGGUCCCUGCUGUGCCUCGGCCCAGGUCGAGCUUUGUGAAUCCUCAGCGGGUGGCCUCUCCCAUUGCCGAUAUUAUCGACCCCUAUGCCCGCAACGAAAGUAUGACCCACCGCGGCCGUUACAGCUACGCCAGCAGUGCCGUGAGCACCGUCAACAGUCCUCGCCGUGUUCGCCGUCGCAAGGACCCCACUCCUUACAAUGUCCUGGUCGUGGGUGCUCGCAAUUCGGGCAAGACAUCUUUUCUUAAUUUCCUGCGCCAGUCCUUGACUAUGCCCGCGCAUAAGCACCCCUCACGCACUCCCGAGGAACUGGAGGAGCUCGAAAGCCAGAAAUCCACGUACGAAGGCUUCACUUCUCAGUACCUGGAGACUGAGAUUGAUGGCGAGCGGGUCGGUCUGACCUUGUGGGACUCAAAUGGUCUCGAGCGCAACGUGGUUGAUAUCCAGAUGCGUGGUGUGACCGGCUUCUUGGAGAGCAAAUUUGAAGAAACGCUCGCUGAGGAGAUGAAGGUCGUGCGCUCCCCCGGCGCUAGGGAUACUCACAUUCAUUGUACCUUCCUGCUUCUCGACCCUGUUCACCUGGACGAGAAUAUCGCUGCCGCCGAGCGUGCCGCCAAUGGCACUCCCAAGGCCUCUGACUCCCCCGUAGUUGGCGUUCUGGACCAAAAUCUGGACUUGCAGGUGCUGCGCACCAUCCUGGGCAAGACCACUAUUGUGCCCGUUAUCAGCAAGGCUGAUACUAUCACCGCAGCCCACAUGGGCUACCUCCGCAAGGCGGUUUGGAACAGCUUGAAGAAGGCCAACAUUGACCCGCUGGAGAUUUUGACCCUUGAAGAUCAGGACGAGUACACUUCUUCGGAGAGUGCCGAUGAAGACUCUAUCGUUGACGUGCCCACUCCCACCGAGGAGACCGAAACUACAGAGCCCGCGGAAGCAGAUGACGAGACCAAAGAGGACCAGGAAGACAAGGUGACCGACGCCGAGAACGAUAACCAGACUAUUCCCCCAGUUCCCGCUUCGCCUGCCAGCUUGAAGUCGAACGGAUCUGGAUCUGCCAACCCCCAUGUACCAUUCUCGAUCCUUUCGCCCGAUCCCCACUCCCUGGCAUCCGGCGAAGAGCCUGUGGGCCGACGUUUCCCCUGGGGCUUCGCUGAUCCUUACAAUGCGGAGCACUGCGACUUUGUGCGCCUCAAGGAGUCUGUCUUCAGUGAAUGGCGAUCGGAACUGCGCGAAGCCAGUCGCGUCGUCUGGUACGAGCGCUGGAGAACUAAUCGUCUCAAUCGUAACGGCCAGCCCGCGCCUCUGCCGUCCAAACAGUACAAGCAGUAUGGUGGUCGCAUGGGACCCAUUCACGACGGUCGCCGUACGCGUUAA